AUGACACGCACUGGUGAAAAUAACACAGCCCUUGUCGUCAAGAAUAUCAGCCAGCUUCUUGAGAAUGCAUCCCGCUGCCAAAGUGGCCUGACAUUUUACGGAAAGUCUUCUUCGGAACCCAUCCACGCCUUGUACGCUGAUUUCCAGCAAGACGCGACGGAGAAAGCUCACCUCCUCCGUGAUUUCUGGACCUCAGCUUCAGCGUCAGCCUCGGGUUCGUCCAUUGUGCUCCUGCACUUUGACACCCAGAGUGAAGCGGUGUUAUGGUUCUGGGCUGUGACUCUGGCCGGGCUCAUCCCGUGCAUGUCCACCCCCUUCGUCGUAGACGAAGGCAAGCGCAAGAAACACAUCCUGCAUCUCCAGGCUCUGCUGGACAAACCCCUGAUUCUAACCAGCGAGCGACUGCUGCCGGAGUUUCGCGGUGUCGAAGGCCUUGCUCUGCACUCUGUUGAGUCCCUGGGCGAUAAGAGACCAACAAACCCUGCUAUGAACUUGCCCGGCCCGCUCAAGGACCCCGAGCAGACGGCCUUGUUGAUGUUGACGUCCGGUAGUACGGGGAAUGCAAAGGCAGUCCCGCUCCGCCAUGGGCAGAUCCUGGCCGCGCUGCGGGGGAAGGCGUCUCAUUAUGGGAGUCGGCCGGACGAUGUGUUUCUGAAUUGGGUUGGUUUGGACCAUGUCGCGAGUAUGACGGAGGUGCACUUGCUUGCGGUCAGCCUGGGCAGCGAGCAGGUGCAUAUCCCUGCAGGCAAACUAUCACAGAAUCCCCUCCGGUUCAUUGAGCUGCUCGAGACGCACCGCGUCACAUCGACAUUCGCGCCUAACUUCUUCCUCACCAAGUUACGCGAUGCUCUUGCAGCAAACCCCAAGGUAACGGCGGAUUUGUCUGCGCUGAGAAGAAUCAACUCUGGCGGGGAAGCCAACGUCGUCGCGACGUGCGCAGCCCUUACUCGCCAGCUCCAGCAGCGGUGCCGUACCCCCAGCGACCUGGAAGUCAUCAGUCCUGGAUUCGGCAUGACGGAGACAUGUGCAGGGGCGAUUCACUGCACUGGCGGAUUCCCAUCUGUAGACGCCAAGCGGGGCUUGGAGUUCGCGAGGCUGGGGACUUGCAUCCCCGGGGUGCAGAUGCGGGUGGUAGGCAAGAACAACCAACAUGCGGUGUGCGGAGAGACCGGCGAGCUACAGCUCAAGGGCCCCGUCAUCUUCACCGGAUACUACAAUGACCCGGUCGCGACUGCACAGGCCUUCACAGAGGAUGGAUGGUUCAUUACAGGGGAUCUGGCCUGGAUAGACGAUUCGGGCAGCCUCAACCUCGCCGGCCGGAUCAAGGACAUCAUCAUUAUCAACGGUGUUAACUGGAGCGCGACCGAGAUCGAGACGGCCAUUGAAGAGGAGGGAAUUCCCGGCGUGACGCCCUCGUGGACUGUCGUCUUUCCGUAUCGCGACCCUGGUUCCCCGACAGAGGGUGUAGCUGUGGUAUAUGUCCCCGCGUUCGGCGAGGACGAGGCCGCCGUGCGUUUCGAGACCGACGCCGCAAUCACGAAGAUCGUUGCGCUUCUCACGGCGCAAAAGCCAGGUCAUAUUAUCCCGCUGCCGGCGGAGAUGCUGGAGAAGUCGUUACUGGGCAAGGUCUCGCGCACGAAAGUCCGCAAGGCCUUUGUGAGUGGUGUCUACGCCUCCAUCGAAGAGCGCCAUUUGGCUGCGGUCAACGCGUAUCGGCAGUCAACCUGGAAGCAGUGCGCCACAGAGACAGAGCGAAAGAUCCAAGUAGUCUUGAGCGAGAUACUACAGAUCCCUGUGGAGAAGAUUAGUGCCGACUCGUUGCCAUGGACAUACCCAUACCAACCGUCAGUGAAAUCGCCUCCGCAGUCGACACCACCCGCGCUUCACCCCCCGGCCUACAACCCCAUCGUCCCCCUCCAAGUCCACGGCACGCAAAUCCCCCUUUUCCUCAUCCACCCCGGCAGUGGCGACAUUCUUGUCUUUAUCGCUCUAGCCGCCCAAUUCCCCAACCGCCCAGUGUACGCCAUCCGCACCCGCGGAUACAACGCCAACGAGCCGCUCUUCCCCACCAUGCAAUCCACAGUCGAAACAUACACCUCGCACAUCCGUAAGGUCCAGCCUCACGGGCCCUACGCCAUAGCAGGGUACUCGCUCGGCUCAACACUCGCCUUCGAAGUCGGCAAGCUGCUCGAGUCCCAGGGACAGGAGGUGCGCUUCCUCGCAUCUAUCGACUACCCACCACAUAUCCGGCAAUACGUGUCCGGCCAGAACUGGCAGGACGUCGUUCUGCACAUCUCAUUCUUCCUAGAACUCAUCGGCGACGAGCUCAUGAACUCUGCGAAAGCUUAUUUCCUUUCCCCCCAGAUCAGUGAUAUUGGUGAGAACUUCCGAGUGCAUGGCGAGAGCUAUGAGCCAGUGGGGAGCGUGGACCAUCUCGAUGUGUUUAUUGCGGAUCCGCCCGGGUAUGCGGCGCUGGAUCGCCGCGACUGGGUGGAGAAUAAGUUGGGUGGCUGGAGGGAUUUUGCCAGGACUGAUGUUGAGUUCCAUGAGUGUCCGGGGAUUCAUGCGCGUAUGCUAAAUCCAGACCAUAUUCUGGAGUUUGUGAAGAGCUUUAAGGCGGCGAUGAAGAUGAGGGGGGUUUGA